AACACGGCGCAAAUGGCGGGAAGAGUGAGAGAGAUGGUCACUUCCGGUUAGAACGUCGACCUGUCCUCCACUUUUCUUUAAAUUUCACUCCCUUAACACCCCGCGCUGUGGUAAUUUAUUAUUUUAUUUAUGGCUUAAAAAAAAACCCACGACGUUGUUUUUAGCGCGUUGAAAUGGCGGACGACGACAUUGACUACAAUAUCGUGUUUCCGGAUGCGGAACUGUCAGAGGCACAGUGGCGGGGGAGGAAGGCGCCGGUGGUGAUCUUGCUGGGCUGGGCAGGCUGCAGGGACAAACACCUCAGCAAGUACAGCUCCAUCUACAACAAGCAGGGAUGUGUCACCAUCCGCUACACGGCUCCUCUCAAGACCGUCUUCAUCUCGGAGUCGUUGGGCUACAAAGAACUUAAACAUUCCGCCCUCAAGUUGCUGGAGAUGCUCUAUGACUACGAGGUGGAACACAGUCCUAUUUUCUUUCACGUGUUUAGUAACGGCGGCUUCAUGCUGUACAGAUAUAUUCAAGAGCUUUUACGCAAGGAACAACAGUUUAGCUCGCUGAGUGUCGCCGGGGCCAUUGUGGACAGCGCCCCCGGGAGCGCCAACGUGCCGGGGGCCGUGCGGGCGCUGACCGCCACACUGGGGCCCAAAGUAAGUCCCGUUUUGAAGUACCUCCUGCUGGCGCUCUUCGCGGCGACUGUUUUCCUCUUGCGAGUCGUGUUAUACCCGCUGACCAAGUACGUGCACAAGAACCACUACGACGCCGUUCGAGAGCGGCCGCCCGCCUGGCCCCAUUUCUUCCUGUACUCCGGCGCCGAUCAGGUGAUCAGGCCGAGCGACGUCCGGCUCUUUGUGGACGCGCUCCGUUCGAAAGGUGUUCCGGUGGACUUGUACGAUUUUGUCUCCAGCGCGCAUGUGAGUCACCUUCGGGAGUUCCCGGAGCGUUACAUGUGCAAAUGUCGCGACUUCCUCGCCGCGUGCAUGGAAGACGGAGACGGGACGCAUGUCGGGAGAAGACGCCGACUUCAGGAUCAGUAAAUGCGCUGAAAAGAUUGUCUUCAGUAAGACAGAAAUCAAGUCGUAGGAUCAUGUUUUUUCGGUUAUUCAGCCGUAAAAUUGCUUUGUUUUUGUUGUAGUCGUUUUCACGUCCACUGAAGUGCUUUUAGGACACACACCAGGUAGUGGCUACACACUGGAUACAUGUGGCUUAGGGAAAUAAAAAUGCUUUUAAUAUGAA